AUGGCAGGUUUGGCACUAGAAGGAUCACAAUUUGACGCCAGGCAGUAUGACGCCAAAAUGAGUGAAUUGAGUUCCUCAAAUGACGCACAAGAAUUCUUCACCUCAAGUGAUGAGGUGUAUGACAGUUUUGAUGCAAUGGGAUUGCAAGAGAACCUUCUGAGGGGCAUCUAUGCUUAUGGUUUUGAGAAGCCUUCUGCAAUCCAGCAAAGAGGAAUUGUUCCAUUCUGCAAGGGUCUUGAUGUAAUUCAGCAGGCGCAGUCAGGAACUGGAAAAACAGCAACUUUCUGCUCUGGCGUUCUCCAACAACUUGAUUAUGGUCUAGUCCAAUGUCAGGCAUUGGUCUUGGCUCCGACUAGAGAAUUGGCGCAGCAGAUUGACAUGGUUCUGCGGGCCCUUGGUGAUUAUCUAGAUGUUAAGGUCCAUGCUUGUGUAGGUGGCACAAGUGUUCGCGAGGAUCAACGGAUUCUUCGAGCUGGCGUUCAUGUUGUUGUGGGAACUCCUGGUCGUGUGUUUGACAUGCUGAGAAGGCAGUCACUUCCCGCAGAUUACAUCAAGAUGUUCGUAUUGGAUGAGGCUGAUGAAAUGCUUUCACGUGGUUUCAAGGAUCAGAUCUACGACAUUUUCCAGUUUCUGCCAGCAAAAGUUCAGGUUGGUGUGUUCUCUGCCACCAUGCCACCAGAAGCUCUGGAUAUCACAAGGAAGUUCAUGAACAAGCCUGUCAGGAUCUUGGUCAAGCGUGACGAGCUUACCCUUGAGGGUAUAAAGCAGUAUUAUGUCUACGUUGACAAGGACGAAUGGAAACUUGAAACACUCUGCGAUCUCUACGAGACACUACCCAUCGCUCAGAGUGUCAUUUUUGUCAACACGAGGCGCAAGGUUGAUUGGCUCACUGACAAAAUGCGAAGCCGUGAUCACACAGUCUCAGCAACACAUGGGGAUAUGGAUCAGAACGCUAGCGAUGUUAUUAUGAGGGAAUUUCGUUCCGGUUCUUCUCGUGUUCUCAUCGCCACUGAUCUCUUGGCUCGUGGCAUUGAUGUGCAGCAAGUCUCUCUUGUCAUAAACUAUGAUCUGACGACUCAACCUGAGAACUAUCUUCAUCGCAUUGGUAGAGGUGGCAGGUUCGGAAGAAAAGGCGUUGCCAUCAAUUUUGCGACUAAGGAAGAUGAUAGAAUGCUGUUUGAGAUUCAGAAGUUCUAUAAUAUGGUCAUCCAGGAGCUGCCAGCAAACGUUGCUGAUCUCCAGUUAUGAGAAGUUUUUGGUGCUUGUUGAAAUGGGGUUUUAUAUUUGACCAUAAAUGUGAGAGAUUUAUUUUCUAUUUCUGUUUUUAGUAGUGGUUUUAAGUGUAAAGGUAUUCCUAGA